CACGCGGCACAAACGACGCCUGUGACUAGUGACAAUGACGCAAAUCUACCGGUUACUCACGCCGGCCAUUGGUUUUCUAGUGGCUUCCUUGUUCCUACAUUCCUUUCGUCCGGCCAACGGUCUCUACUCUCAAACGGCUGAUACGAUCGUCAUCAAAGCAGGAGACAGGGCAGCGGACGAUGAAUUGUACGAUUCGCAUUUGGCCAGCGACGAUUUCAUUCACAUGAAGGACCGGACUUGCCUCACAAAGGACGGGCACUUGGGAUUUUGUAUGUCGUUCCGCUCCUGUUACCCAGUGACGAAAAUGCCCCAGUUGACGUACGACGACAUGAAGGCCAUUGCUCUACGCGGCACUUGCAAAUAUCUCCGAGCAGGCGACGGACAUAAGGCCAACGGCAUCUGUUGCCCGAAAGAUGAAAGCAAUGAUUACGACGACUACGAUCUGGAUGUGGACAAUUUCUACGAAUCGGCUCCGCCGCCGAUGCCAAUUUACCCCUUCGACGGCCCAAUCGUAGCCCAACCACCCAAUGCCGUUCCAUGGUUGCACCAAUCUUACGGACCGCACGGCAUCAAAACAACAUCGAUGGAAUCGGAAGAAGAAUUGGAAGAAAUCGAUACCGAACGACAAUCGCUUAUUUGCGGUGCUGGGCCAUCUAAAGGUCUCGAUCUUGAAUUGCACAGAGUCGUAGGAGGAUCAGAUGCCGCCAAGAAUUCUUGGCCUUUCAUGGCGGCACUGAGAUUUAGUGGCAAAUUUCUAUGCGCUGGAUCUUUAAUUUCACCGACAAAGAUCCUCACUGCUGCCCAUUGCGUGUCCGCUUUGGUUGGUCUUAAACGUCGACUGACUGUUGACCUCGGCAUGCACAAUUUAAACCCCAGCGACGCUCAAGAGACGAGAAAAGUCCGCCGAAUUAAAAUAUUCUGGGGGUACAACUUGAGGACUAAAUUUAAUAACGACAUUGCCAUUUUAACAAUGGCAUCGCCCGUCAAUUUCACGUCGACCAUAUCGCCCGUCUGUUUGCCGUCACUGGGCACCAGAGAGAGAUAUGCAGAGAAAGCGGCGGCCGUAAUCGGAUGGGGAUCACUAGCUUACGAGGGCCAUCCGCAGCCGAAAGUCUUACAGGAAGCUAUGCUAAAGGUCACUCCGAGCUCAAUAUGCAAAGAAAAUUACAAGAAGGCUGGCUUUCAAAUAGCUGAUGGAAGUAUGAUAUGCGCCGCUGCUACUGGUAGAGACGCUUGCAGGGGUGACAGUGGCGGUCCGCUUAUCGUUCAAGCGACGCCAAAUUCCCGUUGGAUUCAGGUUGGCAUCGUCAGUUUCGGAAUAGGUUGCGCAAGAGAAGAAUAUCCGGGCGUUUUCACUAGAGUUUCAGCAUUCAGAUUCUGGAUUUGGCUAGCGGCAGGAGUGUAACAAGAAUAACGAGAUUCGU